UGCGUCUCUAUUAGUGCAGCAAUAGUUCAUCCUAUGACUUUCUUUCUUGUUUUAUUAUCUUGAAACCAAGGUUUCAAGCUUUUCCGGUUUGGUGAUGAUCAAGCUUUUUUAAUUGGAAGUAUUACUUGAAGUUAAUGGCUAUGUAUCAGCAAGAUUCAGAUUUCGUGCAUUGGGUUCUUGGGGGUGACCCUUUUUACCAUUGUGCAUAUAGCAGUGACAUGAUGCAGCAUGAUGCUGGAGGCAUAUAUCAUCACACUCACUAUUAUAGAGGUUAUACUGAUUCGCAAAGCAGCCAGAUAGAGAAUGAUGAGGUAAUCGCUCGUACCCUUCAGGAAGAAUUCUCACAUCUUGCGGUGGCAGAAGCUUCUGAAUUUUCCCAUGCUGAGGAACAGCCGUCACAAUUGUCCAGUGAACCUCACGAUUGGCAUAUUCCAUUAACAGACUAUUAUUCAGGCUAUGAGUAUGGCCAUGAUGAAUCUGAUGAUUUGGUGCCACAUAGUUCCUGCUCUAGCCCCAGUGAUUCAGAGAAAUUUUCUGGCUCUUUAGAGCUGACCGAGGGCUAUUUGCUCGACGAUGAUGAAGCGGGCAAGAGGCUAAAUCAGAUGAUUCCUAUUCCUCAUAUCCCUAGAAUCAAUGGUGAAAUACCAUCAAUUGAUGAAGCAAUGUCUGAUCAUGAAAGGUUGUUGAGCAGAUUGCAGCUAUACGGUUUUGUUGAGCUGAAGGUUCAAGGAGAUGGCAACUGUCAGUUCCGUGCUCUGGCGCAUCAGUUAUAUCAUACACCUGACAAUCACAAAGAUGUGAGACGACAGAUUGUGAAUCAGCUUAAAUCUAACCCAGAGACAUAUGAAGGAUAUGUCCCCAUGGAUUAUGCUGACUAUUUGAAGAAGAUGUCCAAGAGUGGAGAGUGGGGUGAUCAUGUUACAUUGCAGGCUGCAGCAGACGUGUAUGGUCGGAAAAUUUUUGUCAUAACUUCCUUUAAGGACACUUGUUACAUCGAGAUUCUUCCGAACUUCCAUACGUCGAAAGGCGUCAUUUUCUUGAGUUUUUGGGCCGAAGUUCACUACAACUCGAUCUUCUGUCAAGGAGAUCCUCCCUCAGCCGAGGUUCCAAGGAAGAAAAAAUGGUGGAAUUUUGGAAACUAACACAGCAAAGAUGAGCCAAGCUUCCAUUAAUUUCGUCUCUGACUUGCCUAUAUCAUCAUUGUUGUAUUGUAAAGAGGGGGAAAACACAAACAUUAUGGCAUAAAAUUUUACUUUCCAUGGCAGGCUCAUGCAUGACAUAAAUCCAAAGAUCAAACAGCUGUUACCAAUA